CCAAAACACUCGCAGCCCUAUUAGUUUGGGAAUCCAGAAACCCUAAGAUAGAGAAACUCAGUGUUGAGAGAGAGUAAAGAGGAAAAGAGAAAAGAGAUGGAUGCGAUAAGGAAGCAACUGGACGUGUUGAUGGGGGCGAAUCGAAACGGCGACGUCCGGGAGGUGAAUAGGAAGUACUACGACCGAGAUGUGUGUCGCCUCUUCUUGGUCGGCCUUUGCCCUCACGAGCUCUUCCAGUUGACGAAAAUGGAUAUGGGGCCAUGUCCGAAGGUGCACUCCUUGCAGCUAAGGAAAGAAUAUGAAGAAGCCAAAGCAAAAGGUGUCCAUAAUUAUGACAGGGACUUGGAGGAUGUUAUAGAUAGGCUCAUUGUUGAGUGUGAUAGAAAAAUUGCUAGAGCUCUUAAGCGUCUUGAGGAUGAGGAUGCUAAAGCUGCUAUAGCAAUUUCAGUCUCUGAGGUUACUCAGACACCUGAGGUGCUUGAGUUGUCGAAGCAGAUUAAGGAGAAGUUGAAGGAAGCUGAUCAAUUUGAUCUUGAAGGCAAGACUGAUAGCAAGAUUCGAGCUCUAGAAGUAGUAGAAGAACUCAGAACGAAAAGAGCAGACAAGCAGUCUAUGCUUCUUCUGGAUGCCUUCAACAAGGAUAGAGCGUCUUUACCCCAACCCCUUCCAAACCCGCCCCCAUUGGCACCCUUGCCAGUACUUGCUCCUGAUCCUCGUACACAGGAAAUGAUAAAUGAGAAGCUGAAAAAGGCAGAGGAUCUUGGCGAGCAAGGAAUGAUAGACGAGGCACAGAAAGCAUUGGAAGAGGCUGAAGCACUUAAGAAGCUGGCCCCUAGGCAGGAGCCUGUUCUUGAUUCUUCCAAGUACACUGCUGCUGAUGUGCGCAUUACUGAUCAGAAGCUACGCGUAUGUGACAUUUGUGGAGCAUUUUUGAGCGUUUAUGAUAGUGACCGUCGCUUAGCAGAUCAUUUUGGAGGAAAGCUUCAUUUGGGCUAUAUGCAAAUCCGUGAAAAGCUGGCAGAGCUUCAGGAGGAGAGAAACAAGAGCCGCAAGGUUGAUAGACAUGAGAAUGAUAGAAGAUCAAAGGAACGAAGCCGGGACCAUGACAGGGAAGCAAGCAAGGAUCGAGCAGAUAGCCGUGAGCGGGGAAGGGACCAUGAUCGUAGGAGCAGAGAUCGUGAUAGGUACCAUGAUCGUGAUCGUGGACAUGAUCGGGAGCGUGACAGAGAUUCUGACCGCCCCCGAAAUUAUGAUUCAAGAAGUCGACGCAGGUCACGCUCACGGUCUGGGGAACGCUCCAGGGACUAUGAUCGCUCCAGGGAUUAUGAUCGUCACAGGCGUUAUGAUCGAUACUAGAUCUGGGUUGGUGCAGUUGGGCAGAUAUGAAAAACUUGUGGGGUUUUUUUGUGCAUGUCAGACACUAGAUGAUCAUUGGAGUUGAGAUGAGGAGUCUUGCUUAGUUCAGAGAUGGAUGCUCAUGUAGGAAGGAAAGAUGUUUUACGCGCUUUGUUUUAAAAAACUUAAGUAGAUUAUUGUAGUGUCUCCUACUAUGGGCGAAGAAGAAGAAUCAACUGCAUUGUAGAUGUUCCAGGCAUAUGUUUGAUUGCGUAGAUUUUUUAUUUAUGGCUAAAAUGAUUUAAUGUGUUUUGACA